AUGGCUGGAUUCGGAAUGAGCGAUCGAGAGGAGGGCCAGGGUCCAGGUCAAGAAGGCGCCCAAUUCGGACAACUCGAGGUGGCAACUGAAGCCGACGAGUACAUGCGAACGGCUCCCCACACCAUAGCAACCGGCCUCAUCUCGUCUAAUGACAGGUUGCGGCGUUUAGCCCGUUUUUUCGGCACCCACGCCACACCAACUAAACGUCCACGCGAUUGCCUACUCUUGCUUCGUCCAGUUCGGACAGGUUGUUGCCCAGUCGACGCACGAUACAGACGACGACUCGCCUCGACUGGCAGAAGCGCGACUCCAGUCACCGCCGAUCAGGUCGAAAAGUCAGUACCAGAAUCUGCCUAUUGGUUCUGUUCAAAAUGGCGCGUGAAAGGGAUUCGUAGAGUGACCGCACCAAAUACCGAAAGAGCAUUUGACAUAAAAGAGCUCGGCACCCCGUCCUGCGACUCCGAUGAAUUCGUGCUGGUCUUGCCUCCAUCAUUUGCCGGACAUUGUUAG